AUGCCUCCCAAAAUACUCGUAUUCUCUUCUCCCCUCAAGAGAUUCGCCUCCGGCCAGAUCCGCAGCAACGCCACCGCUGCACACAGCGCAGUGAUCAAUGUCCAGCAGAUCCCCGCGCCGGGCGCCGGCCACAUCAGAGUGCUCCUGCUGAACCGGCCGGAGGCCCGCAAUGCGAUUUCGAAACAGCUGUUGAAUGCGCUGGGAGCACAUAUCGACUCGAUCAGCGCCGAGCGGGGGGUUGGGCCGACGCGAGCGCUGGUGGUUGCAAGUAACGUCGAUGCCUCGUUCUGUGCGGGCGCGGACCUGAAAGAACGGGCGAAGUUCACGAGGGAGGAGACCGAUGCCUUCCUGGCCCAGCUCCGGCAGACGUUUAUCAACCUCGAGGCCCUGCAGGUACCCACCAUCUCAGCUAUCUCCUCCAUGGCACUGGGUGGUGGCCUCGAGCUUGCAUUAUCUACACACCUCCGUGUCUUCGGCUCGACCAGCAUCGUGGGCCUCCCGGAGACACGGCUUGCUAUUAUCCCCGGCGCAGGCGGCACCCACCGCCUCCCUCGCCUCAUUGGCAAGAACAGGGCUCUCGAUAUGAUCCUCACCGGCAGGCGAGUGCACGCGGCGGAAGCUUAUUUCCUCGGGCUCUGUAACCGAUUGGUGGAGAUCAGCCCUGAGGAGCAGGCGCAGGCGGGCAUGGCUCGCGAGAAGGUUCUACAGGAGAGCAUCAAGCUUGCGUUAGAUAUCUGCGAGGGUGGCCCUAUUGCCCUGAAACAGGCUGUCAAGGCGGUUACGGGCUAUGAGAGGGGCCAGGAGGGAGAGAAUGAGGCGUACCUCGGAGUCGUCGAUACGGAAGACCGACAUGAGGCGCUGAAGGCAUUCGCAGAGAAGAGAAAGCCGUGCUUCAAGGGCAGGUGA